UUGGGAAAACAUCCCUUGAUAUGCCGUUUCCUAAAAGGAGUCUUCGAAUUGCGUCCAUCACUUCCACGUUACACCCAUACUUGGGAUGUGGACAUUGUUUUGAGGUAUCUUUCAUCUCUUGCGCCUGCUGAAGAUUUAACUUCAAAGAUU